GCGCACAAAACGCACGCACGGGCGCCGCAGACGAGUCGAUUGUUAUGGCGAUGUGCAGAUGGCUGCAAGCGUCGCUGCGCCGGAGAUCACGCCCGACGCUGACAAGAAUACCGGCGCCGUCGACGACGCUUCCCGACAGCGCACGCUGAGGACCGUCGGCGGUUACGUGGUCUACCCCGUGCUGGUGGUUUUUUGGCUGCUGCGAUGGCUACUCACGAGUGUGUUCACGGUUUUGCUGUUCGUUUUCCGCGGCGGCCGCAGCCACGGAUUCGUGGGGCGACACUACGGCCAUCUGUCGGCGUCGGCCGGCACCUCCGACGCAAUGGCGGCGUCCAGUGCGGAGCCCGACGGUAACUUGCUGAUUCGCCAGAAACAACAUCACAAGCGGGCCUUUGACUUUCUCUCCAAGGCUCUCAAGUACGAUGAAGAGAACGACGACCUCAAAGAACUGGCCAUCGACCUCUACCGCAAGGGUAUCGACGAACUGCAGAAGGGAAUUGCCAUUGACUUCUCCCAAGGAAAAGGUCCUUCCUGGGAGAGAGCACACAGGCUGACGGACAAGAUGAGGGUCAACCUUGAUAUGGCCAAGGACAGGCUCGACUUUCUAGAGAGCAUGGUCAAGAUUGAGCACCUUGGAGAUGAGCUGCCCUGGCAUGCGGGGGUGGCCCGCCCCCAGGCCAACCAGAAGCGGCGAGCAUGGCAGAAAGUGGCGCCUGGCCAGGACGCAGCCACAAAUCAGGAUGGCCCCUCGUGGCUAAAGAUGGCCGAAAACGGCAGUGCCAAUGGUCAGCCGGGCGACAGGCACAAGCGCUGCAUGUCGCCGACGCUGUCGCCCAAGACGCCAUCUGGUGUCACACUGAAGAACCAGGUAGCAACAACGUCGCGGCCAGGAGUGGCGACGCAGGCAGUCACUCCGAGGGCCCAGACGCUGCCUCGCAACACGACGACUGGGGGCGCCCGGACGACGGCCAAGUCCCCAUCACGGCUUGGUCGACCGGCCGCCAAUGAUGCUGCGGCGACGCCAACGCCAACGGCAGCAAGGCGGCGGAUAAACCAGCAACAGCCGAAUGCCCAGCAGCCCAGGGGUCGACAGCAGCCUCCUGGGGUCGCACGACCCGGUGCCCGAGGCUCUUUUCGUGGUGGUGAAGGGAGGCGGGUUUCAACGCUCAAGGGUGUUGACUCUCGGCUGGCACACAUGAUCCUGGAUGAGAUCGUGGAUGGCGGCCCUGAGGUGCUCUUCAGCGACAUUGCUGGCCAGGAAGUGGCCAAGCAGGCCCUCAGCGAGAUGGUCAUACUGCCUACAGAUCGGCCAGAGCUGUUCACAGGUCUGAGGGCACCACCCAAGGGCCUGUUGCUCUUUGGGCCCCCGGGCAACGGCAAGACCAUGCUGGCCAAGGCAGUGGCCCACGAGUCCCACUCCACGUUCCUCAACAUCAGCGCGGCUUCACUCACUUCCAAAUACGUUGGCGAAGGUGAAAAGCUGGUGCGAGCCCUGUUUGCAGUUGCACGAGAACUGCAACCCAGCAUCAUCUUCAUUGAUGAGGUUGACUCCUUGCUGAGUGAGAGGAAGGACAAUGAGCAUGAGGCGACAAGGAGACUCAAGACUGAAUUCCUCGUCGAGUUUGAUGGGCUCCACACCGGGAGUGAAGAGCGGAUUCUCGUGAUGGGUGCCACAAACAGGCCUCAAGAGUUGGAUGAUGCCGCACUUAGGCGUUUUACAAAGCGGGUGUAUGUGACCCUACCUGACGAGAACACGCGGGUUGUACUCCUAGAAAAACUGCUCAGGAAGCAGAACAGCCCGCUGUCUCUAGACAAGCUCAAGUACCUGGCCAGGGUGACCAGUGGCUACUCUGGAAGUGACCUGACUGCACUAGCCAAAGACGCUGCGUUAGGUCCAAUCAGAGAGCUCAAUCCUGAGCAAGUCAGGUGUGUCGACCCCAAAAAGAUGCGGAACAUCACCCUCGAGGAUUUCAUGACAUCGCUCAAGAAGGUUCGCUGCAGCGUCUCGUCGCAGAGCCUGGAGUUCUACGAGCGAUGGAACCAGGAGUUUGGCGACAUCACCGUCUGACGACGUCGCUGCGCCUUGUUGAGGCCACGGUCAUCGCUGCCAUCGCGUUUCUUUUCCCUUGUUUGCACUGACACGGAGGGCUCUGUACAUAGCAACACAACGUCGCUGGCCUGCUCAUGCAUGUUACGCUUACUUUUUUUUUAAAACUCAUUGUGCCAUUUCUGCAGCACGACCUCUGUGAAUGAAAGUUUACUCUAAUAUUGUUGGGCGGAAGUUCAGUUUCAGUGCCUUUCUGGUGCAACAAUUGGUGUUGGCAUGUAGGACAGUUUGUACGCCUGAAAGGCAGUUAAAAAACGUGCGUGCGGUGAGGAAACAUAUUUAUGCUGUUUUUGCCAGGCUUCAAAAUUACUGCCACAGCUUUUGCGAAAGCGUGAAGUCUUGCCUGGCAUGCCCAGUUCCAAGCAUAGGUGUUGCAUCCAUGAUGCCAGAGCUAAAUUAUCUUUUGUGCCCUGAUGACUUGUUUGAAGGUCCUCUCGUUACGUUGCCGCUUCACUUCAUUCAUUAUUUGGAGGUCUUGCUGCAGAGGUGCAUUGUUGCUGUACAUAAUACCAACGGGCCAUAUGAACUUUGCAUGUGCGGACAAUCUUCCAGUGGACAGACAGUGUUAGCAAUGCCACGUGAUGUUCAUACAGCUUUCCCGAGAGAACGCUUUCUCUGUUUCAAGAGAAAUGAGCUGCAAUACAUGUGCAAGAGAUGAGUAUGCAUUCUUUGUUUUACUGUUUUUAAUCUGCGUACUUGCAGUGACUGUCCAGUUUGGAAAGCUUGUUCUGUGUGCUUGAACUAGGAACACAUUUUAGCAUAGAUCUCGUUAGAUUUCUCGACUUAGUUUGUGGAAGUGCUUUAAUGAAGGGAGCACAUGAAUUGGUGUACAGCUGGCUUGCUGUUAAAAUAUUUAAUGCAUCCUUGUAGUUGGCAUUAAUAUUGUGUCAUAUCCAAGGCUUGUAAUUUGAAAAAAUGCCUCCAACUUCUAGGAGCAUGUUUCUGUAUUCUCACAGCGAUGCACUUAAGCACUCUCGUAGACUUCUUUGAAAAAGGGAAAAAAAGGACUUUGGUCUCGGUCUGUUCCCCAGCAUUGUCCAAUAAUAUAAGCAUAAUGUUUUUGACUUCCACUGUGCCCAUCUUUUAGAGUUUAGAUGUUCAGUUUAGAGGAUAUGUGAAUUUAGUCAGGCUGAGUUCUCAUGUCACAAAGGCAAAUGCACUGAAUCUAAUUUUGACUGAUAUGGAUAUUACGAGUUAGAAACAAAACAUUAGAAUAAUAAGCAUUAGUAUUUAGCAACUACUUUUGCUGCUCUUCCGUAAUAUGCGAGUGUGAGCUCAUAUAGAGUAAGAAGUUUGCGUAAGGUUUGAUGAGGCAGGUGAGUUUCAGCCAUAUAGUUUUCAUUGUGGUUUCUUAGAGGGUUUUUCUCUCAUACACUCUAAUGAAAUUUUGGACCUUUUUGGGCUUAUCUUGUUGUUAAACAAUAGUCAUCAUCUAUCUUGCUUGCCUUUUCUUUCAAUGCUGCCAGGACCCAAAGUGCAUGUGCGUUAUCAGCAUGACAUGGCAUUCUUGACAGUGUGAAAUGGCAGCAGGAAAGUAGUGAGCAUAACAGUUUUCAAGAAAAGAAACGCGAGCAAGACAGAUACGUCCUAAGAGGUGUAAACUACUUUGGAAUGCAUAUGCAUGAGAGUUACAGCUUGACUUCUGGACGUGCUUUUUGAAUGGGUCUCUGAUAGCAUCUUCAGUGCUUGAAUGGUGCCGAGUGCAAACAGUGCGCUCCUGCAACAGUGGUAGUAGCCAUUGAUUCGGGAUGCUAUCUAGCAUGCUUGCAAGGUAAACUUUUUUCAGUGCCAAGGAAAUGUAUUCGCAUGCAAUCACUGGGACUUGAGUUCGUGCGCCCUUUCGCUAUACUGAUUUGAUGCUUCAACUGUUCUGCAAAAGCCUUUGUACCCAAGAGCGAUGCUUGCUUUUCUGCUUACUGUAGCAGAACAUGAAAGGUCUUUCUUGGUGACCUCAGUGCCGCAUCGUUUAGUCACUUGAUAUUGCAAACAUAGCCUCGCAGGAGAUUUGCUUCAAUCACUCAAGACUGGCAGCAUCAACAAUUUUCGUUAAUCACUGCAGGGGUGAAGUUAAAAGCUGUGAUUUCUUGUUACCAACAUCUGUGCCGUCCUUUGGGAUCUUCGUUUCUUGUUGCACUGGUGCUAAUGUUUUCCUCAUAGAAAUGCUUAAGAUAUUUUGCACUGGGGAGUAUUUUUCAUAUAGAGGAUUGCAACAGAAGCCAGUGUUUCAAACGAUAGUAACCUUUCAACUUGUCUGGCAAUAUUGGCACCUUUCCUGCAGGCCUGGUGCUUCUCAGUUUGUGCUAGUACCCUCACUCGAGAUGUUUCAGCAGCUUUACCAGAUCAUAAGCCUCAUUAUCAAGCACGCAGAAACUCGGUCUUCGCCUCCCAACAGUUUUUUAUUUUUCAAAGGGGUUGUUUCUCUUUGCCAAUUCUCAUUACAUGUGUGCAGUAGUAGGGGCUCGGAAUCUGUCAUAGCUUGCAAGACAGUUCAUAAAUAUGGAGAGAAAUGCUGUGUUCUUCCUUCAAAUGACAGUGCCACCACUAAACUUGUGUCCUGCUACUCUUCAUGUUCAUCGGUGGUUGCACCAUGCAUUUUGCAGCUGUACACUGCACUGCCAUAUGACACGGAACAUUCUGUAUGAUCUAGAGCCUAAUUUUGCAGUUUUACUUGUGUUGAGCUUCAAAAACUAUGAUUGCUUCAACGGGAAAAGAAAAAAACCUAGUGUACUAAGCAUGAGCCAAGCAGGUUUCGGGCAUGAGUAUGCUUGAGGAGCAAGCGUCACUUGAAUGCUAGUUAGUUAACCCUUGUGAUAUUGAACCGCACUGUACAUAGCUUAUGCCACAUCGCUCGCCGCUUUUCACGCUGUACAUAACCCUCGCAAAAAAACACACAUUCAACUCCUUUUGGGGCCCUUUGCUUUCCACGCUCGUGCCGUUCGAAUUUGCUUAGCUGCAAACGAAACGUGCACUUGAAGCAGACGCGUGUUCCAGGCGUGGCGUCAGCUCUGCUCCUCGUCACACGACGUGAAGCGAGUGGGACGCAUGCGCGGCCGAGAUUGGGUAUAGUUCAAGCGAGAGCCACAGGAGGGCAUUUGUGUUAAAAACCUAUGCACGUGACAUUGUCACAUUCAUUGCAAUGCUUGUAUUUCCUGCCUGUGCGUGUAUAUAGUAUUUUGCCAUUUUCCGGGAAUGUAGUUGUUCUGCUGGACCAGAAUUGUUUGUGCCGCUUUAUACAAACCUGCUUUGUAAGAAAAUUCCUCCUCCGUUCAUUUUUUUUUUUGCCUGUUGAUAGUUUACAGCUAGGUCGCGAAAGGAAUGUUUUUAAAAUAAAUAUGGUUUUUACUGAA